AUGGCCGGGGGGAACUCGUGGGAAGAAGCGACCGCUCGAGCAAACUUAGCGGUGAACCGUGUCGUGCGCUUGGUGAGACAGAUGGGUCUCAAGGUGCCGCCCCAAAAAACCGAGGCCAUCUUUCUUCACGAUGGCUCUCAUGGGGCGCCGCCGAGAGCCCACAUCUAUGUGGAGGACACCCCGGUUGAGGGGGUGAGGGCCUGUUUAAAAUAUCUGGGCCUUCACCUUGACAGCAAGUGGACCUUCAAGGAACACUUCCGCCAAAUCUCCCCAAGGUGGAACGGGCAGCUAUGGCUUUCAACGUCUGCUGCCCAACCUCGGGGGACCGGGGCGGAGGUGUCAGAAGGUUGUACGCCGGAACAAUUCACGCCAUGCUCCUGUACGGGGCCCAGUUUGAGUAGAAAAACGGAGGCCGCCCGCGGCCCGAGGAAUGCACUCAGACAGGUGCAAAAGCGGGUGGCCAACAGGAUCUGCAAAAGCUACCGUACGGUGAGCUGA